GCCACCACUGCCUGGAGGAGCAAGUGCCCCAGAGCAAGCUGCAGAGCUGUCUGGUGGCCCCAGCUCUGGAGGUGGUAACCAGUAGACAUGGCUCACUUUGCCCAGAUCGUGGCUGAGAUCGGUGAAUUUGGUCGCUUCCAGGUACAGCUGCUGAUCCUGGUGAGUGUCCCCUGCUUCCUGGGUGCCUUCAACAUGUUUGCCCAGGUCUUCAUGGUCCUGGAUGAGCCCCACCACUGUUCCGUGGCCUGGGUCAAGAACCAGACUCUCAACCUGAGCGCUGCCCAGCAGCUGGCACUGAGCGUGCCUCUGGACGCCACAGGCAGCCCCCAACGCUGCCUCAUGUUCCGGCCACCCCCUGACGGCGCCAGCCUGGAGGACAUCCUCAGCCACAGCUUCAAUGAGACCCAGUCUUGCGAGACGGGUUGGGACUAUCCUGAGGGCAGGCCCCCAUCCCUAGAGAAUGAGUUUAACCUGGUCUGCGGUCGGAAGCAUCUGAGAGAGACCUCCCAGUCGGUGUACAUGGCUGGGCUCCUCGUUGGGGCACUCAUCUUCGGGCCCCUCUGCGACUGGAUUGGCCGCAAGGCCACUAUCCUGGUGCAGCUGCUACUCUUGGCCAUCCUUGGCCUCAGCACAGCCUUUGUGCCCAACUUUGAGCUCUACAUGGCCCUGCGCUUUGCUGUCGCCACGGCCGUCUCUGGAUAUACCUUAAGCAGCGUCUCCCUGCUUACAGAAUGGGUGGGGCCCUCGUGGAGGACUCGGUCUGUGGUCCUGGCCCAGUGUUCCUUCUCCGUGGGGCAGAUGGCCCUAGCAGGACUUGCCUACAGCAUCCAGAACUGGAGGCUUUUCCAGAUCUCUGGCACUGCACCCAUCCUACUGCUCUUCUUCUACUUCUGGGCUCUGCCGGAAUCUGCACGGUGGCUUCUGACCCAAGGGAAGGUCAGGGAGGCUAAACAACUAAUCCAGAAGGUGGCCUCAGUCAACAGUCGAAAACUCUCCCCCGAGCUCCUGAGCCAGCUGGUCCCAGAGGAGACUGGCCCCGCAGGGAACGCCCUGGACCUGUUCCGACACCCACAGCUCCGGAAAGUGACCCUGAUUCUCUUCUCCAUCUGGUUCGUGGACAGCCUGGUGUACUACGGCCUGGGCCUCAAGGUGGGGGACUUUGGCCUGAACAUCUACCUGACACAGCUAAUCUUCGGAGCAGUUGAGGUGCCCGCCCGCUGCUCCAGCAUCUUCAUGAUGGAGUGGUUCGGCCGCAAGUGGAGCCAGAUGGGGACUCUGAUUCUGGGUGGCCUCAUGUGUAUCACCAUCAUCUUUGUUCCAGCAGAUCUGCCCAUGGUGGUCACCGUGCUGGCUGUGGUGGGGAAGUUUGCCACGGCUGCCGGAUUCACUGUCUCGUACGUGUACUCAGCUGAGCUCUUCCCCACCAUCAUCAGGCCAUCGGGCUUGGGGCUGGUGGGCAUCUUCUCGAGGAUUGGGGGCAUCCUUACCCCAUUCGUGAUCCUGCUGGACGAGUACCACUCGGCCCUCACUAUGCUCAUCUAUGGCAGCCUCCCCAUCGUGGCUGGCCUACUCUGUGCUCUGCUGCCAGAGACACGUGGCCAGACCUUGAAGGACACCAUUGACGACCUGGAGCAGGGAUCCUGCCCACGGUCUCUGAAGUCAGUGCCCUCAGAGAAGGAAAUGGAGACCUCAGAAAAUACUUCUAGCCCCGGGGUGGCCUUUGUGAGCAGCACAUAUCUCUGACUGUGUCUCCAAAGCCAGACCAGCAGCAGCAGAGAGCUGCCUAAAUGCUUGCCUGGAAACAGCUGGACAUGUGAGCAAGACCAGCCUUGCAGAUGGAGGCUGCACCCCAUCACCUGGCCCCAGAGCCAGCCACCCACUGCCAAGCCCAAUCCCAGAAGCAUCAAGGACAGCCUCCCUCCUUUCAAGACCUUUCCUAUCCCUAGCUCCCCACCUCCAAUACCCUGUUCUGGGUUAGGGUCUUGUGUGUGCCUUGGAGUUGACUUGUUCUCUUAUACUCUUGUGGGGAUGUGGCUCCUCAAAUCCCCUCAAUCUAGGGUCCCUCUGCCCUCAAAACACAGUCAAGCUGAGCCUGAACAGCUGGGUAGGGCCUCUCCAAGUAUGUGAGAGGAGGAGGAAAAAAACACUUAGAAAUGGUGGACUCUGUCCAGACAGGUGGAGGAAAAGCCAUGGACGAAAAGAAGGUUGUGGUUCCUUCAGUGGCUGGACCAGGCUUGUCUGGCUGAGAUGGGACCCACAGCACAUUUGACCUGCUGACAGGAGACUGGCUGAGUCAAAAUCAAAGCUUCAGUCUUACCUUCUCUUCAGAGAUUCCCCAUCACCCGCCCCACAUCCAGGGACCAGUGGUGCAGAGAGAGGGACAGUUGGUUCUGUUCCUCCCCAGCGCUUCCGCUCCUGCUCUGCUGCUCUGGCUCCUGCAGUGUCCGUGCAGGGGAGGGAAGGGGCAGAGGUCUUACUUGGCCACCCCCGGUGGUAGUCCUUUCUCAGCUUGCACUGGUUAAUUAUCAGUGCACCAGACAGGCUCCUAGAAAUUAGCUUUUCCACAGGAAUAUUUGACAGUUCUCAGAGAUCCUUCCAGGACCUCUGCAUUGCUCCUUAGUACGAGCAAUGUGCUUGCCACUGACCUUCUGGGGCCCCUCUUCAGCUCCUGUCCCCUCAUCUGGCUCCCCACACAGUCUCUCUUAUGCUGGCCUCCCUUACCUGAGAAGACAGUCCUCUUAGGUGGGGUCCCACCAAGGUACCUCAAACCAGGCUACCUUCCCCAGUAUCUACUUGGCCCGAAAGAACACUGUACGUCCUUGUGCCACCGAAUGGUGGGAAAAGAGCUUGCUCAGCCACUGCCCCACCCCCCUUUGCCUGGCCUCCACAGGCAUCUCCAGCCAACCUCACACUGGACAGUGGGGUUCAGUCUCUCCUUUCCACCAGUUCACCGAGUCCCAAAGAAAGUUCUUUCAAAUCCUCCCUCCCUCAUGCUCACCUGUUAUGCAGUAUGGAAGGGUGGUAGGUCUUUGUAAAUCCAGUAUGGAGGUGUCAACCCAGACUGAAACUGCCACGGUUUAAAAAAAAAAAACCUACAUAGAAUGGGGAAAAGCAUUUCUCUUCUAAGAUGUGGACACUCAGGGGCAGAAUGAUCUCCCUUCCUGGAAAGAGACUUCAGUGGCACAACUUUAUUGACACAGCAUAAAUUCAAAGACUCACCUAUUGCCUUUGA